AUUCUUUAAAUAAUAUUGAAUGGAUAUAUCAUUAAAUUUUAAAUAAGUAACGUCUCAAUUUAAAAUGGUUGAGCGUUGCGAAUUUCGCGAUGCAUACUUCACUCUGUGUUGUUUGUUUUGUUCUUGUCUCUAUUAAUCUAAGGAUCUAAGGACAUUUGAAGGUUUAAGCUUCGUGGACAGUAGACGUGAUCAUAUAAGCGCCAUUUUCAGAGCGAAGAACAAGAAGGAUAGAGUGAAUCUAGUGUAAUAUGUUGUAGAAGUUUGUAAUUUUACCCAUAAAUAUGGAAUCGGGAUACAUAAUAAAGAAUAAUGCAAGGAUUACUGCGAAAGAUAUACCACAUUCAAGUGCACCAUUAUCGGAAUGCAUUUGUUAUAGACCACAUUCUCACAUUAUAUGCAAUGGUUGUGGAUUUUGGACUAAAGGAAGAGUAAGAUACUGUUGUCCUCAACAUCCUAAGAUUGUUUUUCUACAUGAUCAUGCUCAAUGUCCACGCUGUAGGAGCUAUGACUUUAUGCUUAAGGAGAUCUAA